GUGACAUGGUCCGUUUUAGCGUUCUCCUGUCGUAAUGUAGAUUCUGUCAUUCGUCUUCUUGAGGCUUUCGCAAUCUCUCAUAUCGGCUACUCUUCUGACUCCACUUCUGUCAGCACCGCUCCUGCUAGUGGUUUGGCUCAUUCUGAUUAUACAGCCUCUCCGUCAAUUCUGCAGACAUCAUCAACUCAACCACCACCGCAGUCUCUCCCAGUCAAUGCUGACUUAACGGAAAUGGAUGCGGAUGUCAAUUUAGCGUCUUCUUCAAACAACGCAGAUUCGGAUUCAAAACCGACCGCAACGAGACAUGUAGCAACCAUGACGCCAUCGCAGGCAAUGACCCUUAAUGGCUCCUCAAUUGAGCUUAUUCGCCCUCCACGUCGUCUCUACGCCUCCCUUCUUGAGGCAACGGGAGCUCUCGAUCGGCCAGUUAGUUCGCUGAAGAGUCAGCAGUAUCUGCGUCGAAGAAACCACCCACAUCGUACCACGCCAUUGAUCUCGGGGCGAAACCGCUCGGCCAGAUCUCGAGUGAUGGAUCAAAAUUCCUUUUGUCAGGUAUCUUUAUUCUUUAUUCUUCCUCUUGAUUGCACUAUCCGGUUUUCCUAUGGCAUCACAUUAAAUGUUUAUUUUUAUCUAUUCCUAUGA